CUAGGCAUGAAUAAAUUCGAUACAUUCAAUUCAACAAUAACCAAUUAAAUAUUGAACAAUUUUUAAAGGCAAUAAAUAAUAAUAUGCAAAAAUCAGGUUUUUGAAUAACUACAUAAUUAUUUUUGAAUUUUUUUAAAUUUUUUUCUGGCCAUCUUUUCUAUAUAAAAUUUUUUUUUUAAGUUGCCAAUAAAUGUGUUUUUUCCCGGGUUUUUUUCUAUGUCGUUUUUGGUCAGGGACGUUUUCAUCUUCAAUUCCUAUGUACACAUAUAUAUUUUUAUUAUGCUAUGUAGGUAUGUCAGUAUGUCAGCAUUCAGCAACUUUGUGAUACGCGUAUAGAACCAUUAUCACGUUAACCGGUUAUCGUAUAGACCAUAAUCAUAGAGUAAUUACCAUAGAUAUAUACAACAAUGUUUUACAUAUCUAUGGUAAUUACUCUAUGAUUAUAGUUGCUAAAAGCGAAAGACGAAAGCCGGCCAUCCAUGUUUGCGCGGAAUCAGUGUCUGUUAACGUUGAUAUUACUAUCAUAUCUAUUCAUUAUGUCAUGAUACAAUACUACAACCCAUAGGGCGUAAUAUUUCAUUAUUGUUGAUAUUUAAUAAUACAAUUAUUAAAAUAAAUUGAUUUAUGACACAACUGUUUGUUUUUUUUUUUUUUUUUUAUGGAAGUAUUGUUCAUAAUACAAGAUAGUAAUACAACUCUAUAACUGGUUUAAUCCGUAAUUGAUUUAUUGAAUAUGUUUAUGUUUAUUUCUGAACCCAUAUAUACUUAAUUUAAUUUAAUUUACCAAAUUCAAAAACCAUUCGUCUAUACUUCAACCAAUUUAAUCAUUGUAACAUUUUGUAAUGACUUUAAAAAUGAUUUAAUUUUGCAAUAGUAAGUAAAAUUAAUUAAUAUAAAAAAAAAUUAAUAUACUACAUAGGUAACUACUUAAUUUAUGAAUUUCUUAACUAAUGUUAAACUGGUACAUUAUUACCCAAUAAAUGUAAAUAUUCUAAGAACACUCGUUAUUUAUUAAUAUCUAUUUGUACCUAGUUUAUAAAUAUUACCUAUCUAAUCAGUAUAAGAAAGAAACCAGUUAGAAGAAUAAUCUCAUAUAUAUUUAUUAGUUUUAGUGUAUUUAAAUAAAAUACCAAUAUUAAUUGUUACUACAUAUUUUCCUUUUUGAUUUUUACUAAUUUAAUAGUUAUGUUUUCAGUAUUAUUGAUUGGACAAAACCAAAGAACUUAUAUUUUUAUUUGAAACUUAACAUGAAUUUUACAAAUGAUAUUUAUUACAACGAAAUAUUAAACUGGUAUGUAUUAAAGUUAAUUAGUUCUAUAAGUGAAUAUAAUAUUAUUAAUAUUUCAUGUAUAGGUUUGUGUAAAUUUAAAUACUAAUAUAGUUAUUUGAAUUAAACCUAAAAUAUUACCUAGAUAUAUUAUUCAAUUUUACUAUUACAUUUAGUCUUAAAAAUUAUAUUACUAUUUUCAUCUAAGUUUUCCUGAAAAUGGAGAAUAUUACACUGUAUUGUGUCCUACAGUGUUAUCCAUAUGCUUAUAACUCAAUAGAUAUUAAUUUUUUUUUUCAAUCGGGUUUUGUGUUAGGAAGACACAAAAAACUUUUUUUACAUUAUCAAAAUAGGCAAUUUGUAAAAUAUAUUGUUCUAAAAAUUUAAAUGUAUCAUACACUGAUAUCCUAUCAAUAUUUUCUUAAUAAUAGUUAUUUUAAUAUCUAAAGAAAGAUGUGAAAAUAAGACUACCAUAUUACGUGAUAGCGUAAUAGAGUGGUAAUAAAAGAUAAGAAAUAUUGAAAUUAAAACAGCUAUUACUAAGAAACUAUCGGCUAUAAAUGCAUGAUACAUUAAAAUGUUUAAAAUAAUGUAUUUUAAAAAUUUUAAAAAGUUUAAAAAAAUAAUGUUUUUUUUUCAUUGAUAAAAGGAUGAAAAUAAAAUUGUAAUUUUUCUCUACAUUUGUGUCCCCCUGACACAAAACCUGAUUGAAAAAAAAAAUAAAUAUUGACAUAUGUUAUUAGCACAUAGAUAAUACUGUAAGAUACUUUAAAUAGUUUGUUUCCCAGUACAUUUAGACACAUAUUGGCUCCUUCUGGACCAAUGAGCUCAAACGCAAAAAUUAUAAUUUUUUUUGUAGAUGGAUUAAAGUAAUAUAAUUUUAGUUGAAUUUCAGUAUAAAAAGUGUGUUUUUUUUUUUAAUUUGUACACCCCUACAGUCCCCCUCAAUGAAGCUAGGGAAAAGCUAUUUUAUAUAUACAUGGUAUAAGUAUCAAGGAUGUGCUUUUUGAGUAUUUAAAUUUUCAACAUCCGCAUCAACUAUUUUUAUGUUCAGAUUUCAUAUUAUCACAAGAAAUAUCUGGUUUUAAUUACCCUUACAGAUUUAUAAAAUUAAGAAACUUGAUUAAAAUCUGUAUAUAUAAAAUUUUUGUCAAGAAUAUGUACCCUUUGAAGGUUUAAACUUUCAACUCCCAACUCACAUAUCUGUUUUUUUUUUUUUUUUUAUCUUGAAAAUUACUUUAACUAUUUUAACAAACCUAUUAUUAUGUAUUUCUGUAAUUCCUUAUCAUUAUAAAAAAAUAAAAAAUUCAGAAUACUGUAAUAGGAAUAAACUGGGAAAAAAUUAUAGUAAUUGAUGUACUUAUGUGUUUUUUUUUUUUAUAGAAUUUAAUAUUCCAAUUUAUCAGUUUCUUAUUUUAUGAGUUUAAAUAAAUCGGACAAAAUGCCUUCGUUGGACGCUAAUGUUGUAAAGAUUGCAGUUGAAAUGGAAUCUGAAAAUCCUCAACUCAAAGAAUUCAAUCAAAAAAUACCUUUGACAAAUAUUAUCCAGGAUCUAUGUAGUGGUUGGGACUUAAUUGAUCCUGAACAGUAUGCUUUAAAAUUUUCUGAAAAAACUAAUCAAAAUUAUGUCACUGAAAAAAAUAGAAAUGAAAUUAAAAAUGGUUCCGUAUUAAGAUUGGCAUUUUCCCCUUCGAAAAUUGCUCAUGACAUUCUGCAAAUACUUCAUUCUGAAGGUAAUGAUGAUAGAAAUGAAAGGACAUCUGCUUUGCAAAAAUUAUCAGAAUGCAGUACGGAUAUUACAUUUGCUCUUGAAUUCAUUAAUAAACAAGGAUUAGCUCUCAUUAUUAGUUUAAUUGAAAGAGGUAAAAUUAACUACACCAUUUUGUUUUUGCAUUUAAAUUUAAUUAUUUUCUUUCAGGAAAGUGUCAAGGGGCGAUGUUAACUUAUGCAUUAGCUUCAUUUGUUGAAUUGAUGGACCAUGGAAUUGUAUCUUGGGACAUUUUAGAAACUCCAUUUAUCAAUAUGGUUGCCAGCUAUGUUAAUAAUCAAACAUCUAGACCACAGGAAGCAAAAGUUGUAAAAUCUUCACUAUCUAUAUUAGAGAGUAUUGUAUUGAACAGCUCUGCCAAAUAUGGUCAAGUAGAAAAAGAAGUAGGAUUUCCAAAUUUAGUACUACGGCUUGAAAAUCAAAAUCCUAUCAUUCAACAAAAUGCACUUUCUUUGAUUAAUGCUUUAUUCUUGAAAGCUGAUCCAUCUAAAAGAAAAAUUAUUGCUAGUACCUUAUGUACUAAACAAGUUCGUAAUGUUAUACUUCAAAAUAUCAUACAGACAUCAUCUGGUGAGGUUGGAUCUGAAAUGGCUCAUCAACUUUAUGUGAUGCAAACAUUGUGUUUCGGACUACUUGAAGAAAGAAUGAAUACCAAAAUGGACCCACAGGAUCAAGAUGCUCAUGAAAAAAUUAAGGUGCCCAUUUAUAUUUUAUUUAUUAAUAUUAUAUUUAUAGCCAAUAUUAAUAGUUUUAGAAUCUCUAAUGUAAUCAAUUACUAUCAUAUAUUUUUAUUAAACUAUCUUUUUUAAAAUUUAGGAGUUACGCAAAAUUGCAUUUGAAUUGGAUACUAUUACUGGUGGUGAUACUAAUCGACGACAACUUGGGCCAUUCACCAAAGAUUAUAAAAAACUGGGCUUUAAGUAUGAUAUAAAUCCUGCAUUAGAUUUUACAGAAACUCCACCUGGAAUGUUAGCUUUAGAUUGUAUGGUGUAUUUUGCUCGUAAUCAUGUAGACGCUUAUACAAAAGUAAGAAUUUUAAAUAUUAAAAUAUAAUAUAUAUUUUACUAACCGAUCCAUUUCAGAAUAUACAAACUAAGUAUACUUAUAUUGUAAUUACAAUCAGGGUUUGAUUAAACCACAAAUAAUAUUUAUAGUUUGGACUUUUACCAAUUGAAUUUAGUAAAUCUUAAAAUAAACAAUUAGUGUUAAUAAAAGUCUAAUAUUUCAUUUAUUUUUUUUUUUUUCCAUUAAUUUUGUUCUUUUUCACAAAAACUUGUACUCUAUACUUUUAUUUGUAUUCAAUUAUUAUAAUAUUAUACAUGAAUUAAAAAAGUAAAAACCAGAUAAAAAUAAAAAUUUAUUAUUUUAGUUUAUUUAAUACUACAAAAGUAUAAACAGAUUAUGGUUACAUAGAGUGAUUCACUAAUGGUGUUCACUCCAUUUUUUUUGCAUAUAUUCAAAUUCUGAUUUUUGGAAUUAUUAGGUUUAGUUAAAGCCGAUAUUUUAAAAUACUUAGAUUUUCACAAGAUUUAAGGAGUAUUCAGUAAAGCAGUAGUCUUCAAUCAAACUCAUGACCCAAUUUUUUAGGCACACAUUUUUUGCGACCCACGUAAGACUGAUUGUACACCUUAAGAGCAAAACUACGUUUGUAGAAAAACAAAACAAGAUUGAAUACAUAAAAACUACAUUGUUAACGAAAUAAAUGAAAAAAACUUUAUAACAAAUACGUUAACAUGACUAGAAUAAUAACGCAACUAACAUUUAUAAUACUUCAUCUUUAAACACAGCAACAACAUCAAUAAUGUUCAUAGAUUAUGGGACUCUCACGAUUACUAGCUUGGUUUACUCGUAAAUUUUUAUAUUCAAUUUCAUACUUCAUAGAAUCAUACUAGUAUAUGAAACAUACACUGUGAUUUGAUAUCCAUUAUUAUAUUAUAUUAUAGAAUAUAAAUUUUAUAAUAUUGUUGAUAUAUAAUAUACCUAUUACAAUAAUUUUUAAACUAUAUUUUAAUUUAUUGAGCGUGACGCAGAGCACCACAGCCUUCAUUAACGAAGCGAAAACCAUAGGGCUGAAUGUAAAUGAUAAUAAAACCAAAGUGAUGGAGUUAUUACCUGAAAACAACCAGGUAGACAAUGUAGUGAUUCAAGGGCAUACAUUUGAAAAAGUGCAUCAAUUUACAUAUUUGGGGACCUCUGUCAGUGGUAAUAAUGACUUCAAAUUAAAUAGUCGAAUCAUCAAGGCAGAAAAGGCAUCUAUAUCAUUAACCAAAUACCUAAAAUCUAAACUGUUUUCUAAAAGAACCUAAAUACAUCUCUACAUGGUGAUGGUUAGACCGACACUAACAUAUAGAUGUGAGGUAUGGCCUUUAAGAAACAGAAUGAAACAAAAACUUAUGUCGUUCGAAAACGAAAUACUGAGAAUCAUCUACGGUCCAGUAUAUGACAAUGACCUGAGAUGCUGGCGCAGAAUAAUGAACAGAGACCCGAGAAUUGGCAGGAGUACCAAGGAUAACCAACUGUGUAAAAGCACAAAGAAUAAAAUGGUUUGGGCAUGUGAUGAGGUCUUACUCAGAGUACCUUAAAGCGGCAGUGAAAUGGAAACCCACAGGGAAGAAACCAAAAGGAAGUCCAAAGAAGCGAUGGAUAGAUGGAAUAAACCGGGACUUAAAGAAACUAGGGAUACCAAAUUAGGAAGAAAAGUACAGAAUCGAGAAGAAUAGAAGGUUCGGUGGCAACAAAAACUCUUGAAGAAAUGUGAUGUCAAUGAAAAGAGAUUUUCAUUUAUUAAUUUUCUAAGUUUAGUAACAAUUAUUUUUAUAACGUAUAUAAUUGUAUAAAGUUAAUUUUUAUUUUAAAAAGAAAUCUUAUCGCGAUCCAAUUUUAAAGUUUACUCCACCAGUUGAAGAUCACUGCAAUAAAUUAUCAUUUGUGUGGCGGCACGGCAGGUAGCGUUUAAGUAGUGUCUCAUUACUCUCCCCUAUCUAAAUUUAGAAGUAGAAUAUCUUGUCCCCGGGUUGACAGAAAUCAAAAAUUUUAGCACCAAAUUUUAUUUAAAGUAAUACUCGCGUCUAUUUAUGGAAUUUUUAAUAUAGGUUUGAAAAAAAAAGUUGGUAUAACCACAAGAUACUCUUUAAAUGUUAUGAAAAAACUAAGUAUUCUAAAAUAUCGAUUUUAACUACACUUAAAAAUUCGAAAAAUCAGAAUUUGAAUGAAUACAUGCAAAAUUUAACCAGAAAAAUGGGGUGAUCAUGUUAGUGAAUCACUCAGUAUAUUAUAACAAAAAUGUAUAUUAUGAUGAUUAAAAUUAUUAUUAUAUCAUAUAACUACAAAAAAUUGAAAUAAUUAUUAGUAAUAAUUAAGUAUGUUUUAAUUACAAACAUUUUUAUUUAUUAUGCAGGCUUGUGACUACUAUGGGAUAUAGAGUUGUAUAAUUGAUUUUCUGAUUGACAUUUAUAUACUAAUUAUGUAUAAAAGUAUUUCAAUUAUUUUUUUCUUCAAUAACUUCAUUUAAAAGUUUGUAAAACAUUAUUUUAAGCAACAUACUGUACACAGUAUAGGUACUUCCCGCAACAAUUAUUACUAAUAGAUUUGCAUAUCAAUUUACUAAAAUAUUAAAACUGCUCUAUAAAUUUGAUAAAGACAUCAAUGUAUGAUGAACUUUUAUCUUAUCUCUUUGCUAGUAAAAGAUAUGCUAUUUCUAACUUUUACCAACACUAAUAUUGUUUACCAUAAGUUUUACCAAAUCCUAUAUGUAAAAUUCCAAACUACCAAAAUUAUCUGGGGUUCAAUCAAACUGUUUUGUACUUAUAGUAUAGCAUAUUAAGAUGUUAUAUAAAGAUCAAACACCUGAAAACAUUUUUGUUCUAAAAAAAUUUCAAUAUUUUUAAUAGUUAGAACAAGAGUUAUUUAAGGUAUCAGAUCUUUAUGCUUUAUCCUGUAGAUAUGUAUUAAACUUAUUGAACUGUGAUUUUUAUAAAUCCAUAGGUUGUUCUUGAAAAUUCAUGUAGAGCAGAUGAACAUGAAUGUCCUUUUGGCCGAUCUUCUGUAGAAUUAGUACGUUUGCUUUGCAAUAUUCUUAGGAUUGGUGAACUUCCCAGUGAACAAACAACUACAUAUCAUCAAAUAUUUUUUAGCCAUGAUCAUCCUUUUCAUGAAUUGUAUUGUGUUUGUAUUAUAUUACUAAAUAAAACAUGGAAAGAAAUGAGAGCAACAACAGAAGAUUUUGUUAAAGUAAAAUUUAAAAAACUAUAAUUUAUUUCAUUUUUCGUAUUAAAAAUAAUAUUCAAUUGUGUUAGGUAUUAAGUGUUGUACGAGAACAAAUAACUAGAGCCUUGGGUUCACAACCAGCUAAUUUAGAAAAAUUAAGACAGAAAUUAUCCACUCUUACUUAUUCUGAGAUUACUAACUUAUGGCAACAAGAACGUACUUCUAGAGAACAAUGGGAAAGUCAUGCUCGUCCUAUAGUGCAGCUUAAAGAAUUAGUGACACCUGAAAUAGUACAACUUAUUAAAAAACAACGACUUCAUUACAUGGUUGAUGGUACUCGAUUUACUAAAUACUCUCAACGUGGGCAGGUUAUAAUUAUCAUUUAAAUAUAAAAUAAAUAACAAUUUAUACCUCAUCAACAUAUUAAUUUAUUUUUAGAGAGUAAAAGACAAAUUUUGGUUUGUAAGAUUAUCCCAAAACCAUAAAGUUUUGCAUUAUGGUGACUGUGAUGACAAAAGUGUUCCUGCAAUUGAAGAACUUCCUAAUAAGUUAGGGAUAGUAGAUAUAAAAGCAUUGCUUACUGGUAAAGACUGUCCCCAUAUGAAAGAUGCCAAGUAAAUAACAAUAAUUAUUUAUUAAUAAAAAAUAUUUGUAAUAGGCAAAUGAUAUAAAUGUAUAAGAUAUAUUUUUUAAUUUAGUACAUAGUGUUUUUCACAUUUUUUUCUUUUACUUAUAAGAGCAUACAUUCUAAAAACUAUUUUUUUUUUAUUCAUAUAUGCAUACAAUUUAUACCAAAUCCUGAAUUUUAGAAACAAAAACCCUUUACUUCAGAUUUAGACUUUAUUUUACCUUGCUAUAUGUAAGGUUAUGCCUAACCUCUUCUGAGAGAAACCCAAUAAAACUGCAAAUUUAAUAGUCAUUCUCUUUCAAUUAUAUUUUUUUCUAAGUUUAUAUAGGUUCAUAUUUCAUCUUAAGAGGACGUCUAAUAUGCAUUUGUCAUCUCUGUCAGCAAAAAUGUGUUUUUAUACUUCAAAUACUAAUCGUACCUUUAUAAAUAAACUUGUACCAAAAUAAACAUGAAAAGUUAUUAUAAAUGUACAUUAAACAGUUUUCUUGAACUUUUUUUCAAAUCUAUUAUAUUUUUUAAAUUUUGCAGUUUUUAAAAUAUAUUGAAGAAAAUGAUAAAAUAGUCAGAUAAAGAAUCAAAAAAAAAAAAAAAAACUGCUCUGCUCUAUGGACAUUUAGUUAAUCUUCUCUUGCAUAUUUUGGCUUCAACAUCAAGUUUUAUAUGAGUUUAUAUUUAAUUUUAAUUAUUUUUUUCAAAAAAGUAACCUAUCGAUUGUUUCAUAAUUUCUGAAUUAUAAUUUUCUUUCAGUAUUUUUAUUACAUCUUUAUAUGAAUCCAAUUGAUUGAAUUAGUAUGUGUUAAACAAAGAAAUGAAAAAAUUGAUGCCUAUCCCCCACUUAAUAAUUUGGUUUGAUUUUAUAAUUUUAUUUUUAUAGAAAUCGAAAAUCUACACAUCAACUUGCUUUUUCAUUGACUUUAGAUUCUGUGGAAAUGACCCCUCUAUAUUUUGUUGCUCCAGAUGAAAUGGUUUAUGAUUAUUGGAUUGAUGGAAUAAAUGCAUUACUUGGUAAAUAAACCUAAAUACGUUUCUAGAAUUGAGUAAAUUUGUCAUCUUACUAAUAAGACAAUAACUUAUCAACUUUUCAGUAUUUGAGUAAAUAUUAUGAACAUUACCUUUAAUAGUUUUAACUAUAAAUUAAUUGUUGAUACGAUUUAACAUCUACUUAUACCUAUUAUAUAACAUAAGAUAAAAAUUAUAAAUAAGGAGUAACUGCAAGUUAUAUUGAAUUUUUUUUUUUUAAAUAUGCAAUAACCUUUUAAUAUAUUAAAUACUAAAUGUUUUCUUUAAGUUUAUUAAUGUAUUUAAACUCUAGUACAUAGUUUCUUAAUAUUUUGUAUAAUUACAUUCUGUCAUUGGCUAUCUUGUUGUAUUACCGCAGAUUGCGAUCUUCCAUCAAUUUUUGGACAUUUGUAUAGCUGUCUUAUUAAAAACUAACACUCUGCAUGCCUACAUGCUAUAUUUAAUAUAAUCUGUGUUUCCUAUUCUAUUUUUGAACUGGUAGAGUAUAUUAUUUGUAUUUUACUUAAUCAUUGGGUAACAAUAUUUAGGUUACUAUGUGUAUCUUUCUGUAUAAUUAUUAUGCAAAAGAAUUUAUGAUCUUGUAAAUAUUUAUUUAUUUUGUCAUUAAAAAUCCUUUUUGCAUUGUAUAAAAAGUCUAGAUUAUUAAAUUUUAUAUGACAAUACUUACAAGGUAAAAGCCACUAAUUUAUAUUUUACUCUACCUAUACAAUUAUUACUUAAAUCCAACAUUUAUCAAUUUUUUCUAGCGAUAAGUGUACCUUAUCUUUAUUGUACUUUAUAUUUAACCACAAUUUGAAAACUGUCAGUAACACUAAUAUAUUAUUUAUAAGUCCUAAAUAUCACUGUAGAGCUGUAAAAAUGGUAGACCAAAUCUGUAGUCUCAAUGUUCCCAGUAAACCACAUAUAAGAUAGCCCUGCCAUGUUGACUAUAAGAUACACACAGCAAUUACAUUAUUUAUACAUUAAUCGGAUUAAACUCGUUAUCAAAUUAAUGAGUUUUAUGAUUUAUAAACUGAAAAUAAUCAUAUUAUGUAUUAAAUACAUAUCAAGAUAUAUUUUAUACAAAUAUUAUUAGCAAAAACUAUAUUUAUUUUAAAAAAAUUGCGCAAAUUAAAUUUUAUGGUAAUAAAUUAAUAAAAUAUUAAAGCAUUUACAUUUUGUUAAGCUCAGAUAAAAUACAAUAUAAUUUGAAAAUUUGUUAUUUAGCAAAUUUUCUUUUAAUUAUUUUUAAAUUUUCAAAAAAUUAUUUAGGCAACAAAAUGACCAGUAAAGAAGCUGAUAAUGAUUUGGAAACAUUGUUGUCGAUGGAAAUAAAGCUAAGACUACUAGAUGCUGAAGGAGUUGGUGUAGAUAUUCCUCAAGAUCCUCCCCCCGUUCCUGCUGACCCGCCAAAUUAUGAAUUUUGUUAUGACUUUAAAUGAAAUUUUCUAAAUAUUACUAAUGGUUGUUUAUAUUUAGUAUUUAAUUUAAUAUAUUAAUAUUAUUUAUUUAUUGAUGAAAUAUGUCGCUCUAUAUCCAGUAUAUGUAAAUUCAAGAAGUAUAAUUAUAUAUAUAUUAUUUUAAGAAAAUAUAUUACUUUUAUAAAACCCAAAUAUUAAUACAUUAAUAUAAU